CGAUGUUGUAGAGUAUACUGUAUCAUAUGAUAUUUACGUACUCAUGUCGAACUGGUACGAUAUGGAUCGGUUAUUUUGUACCAAUAAUGUAGCACUAAUUUUGCAAAAUUAUCGUACAGGAUACUUACACUGAUUCAUGGUAAUUAGAGAAGAUGGGUAGGCUAUUUGUGAUAACUCUUGAAGGAAACAGCUAUAAAUGCAAGCACUGUCAAACCCAUCUAGCUUUGGCUGAUCACAUUAUUUCUAAGUCAUUCCACUGCAGUCAUGGGAAGGCUUACCUCUUUGAUAACGUUGUGAAUGUCACCGUUGGAGAGAAAGAAGAACGGCUGAUGAUGACCGGAAUGCACACUGUUGUUGACAUAUUCUGUGUGGGGUGUGGCUCAAUUGUGGGCUGGAAAUAUGAAGCUGCACAUGACAAGACCCAAAAGUAUAAGGAAGGGAAAUUCAUUCUUGAGAGGUUUAAGGUCGCGGGUCCAGAUGGAAGCCUCUAUACAGUAAGCCACGAUGCUCAGCUUGGUAGCGAUGCAGAUGAACCUUGAGUAGUCAUCCUGGCAUACCACUACUCAUCCCUAAAUAAUCAAAUAUCUCUUUUUCAAUUGUACAUACUCUAACUUCCUGCCCUUGUUGGUACAAGCAAAUCUUUGAUUUUUCGUUAACAUAGAUGCUAAUAGCCGAUGUAGCCAAGUUUUGCAGGAUACUUUUAGAACGGUCAUCCUUUUCGUCCUAAACAAUUUGAAUUGGAAAAUUUGCUCUUAUUCUUCUAGUCUAUCAGUUAGUAUAUCUAGCUUUUCCCUUU